AUGGAAAAAUAUAAUCAAACAUCAACUGAUUUCAUCUUAUUAGGGUUGUUACCCCCUGAAAGAAUUGGUUUCUUUCUUUUUAUUCUCAUUGUUCUCAUUUUCCUAAUGACUCUGUUUGGCAACCUCUCCAUGAUUCUUCUUAUCAUCCUUGACACCCAACUCCACACACCCAUGUAUUUUCUACUCAGUCAACUCUCCUUCAUGGACCUGAAUUACAUCUCCACUAUUGUUCCCAAAAUGGCCUACAACUAUCUUAUUGGAAACAAGUCUAUCUCCUUCAUUGGGUGUGGGGUUCAGAGCUUCUUCUUCUUGACUUUAGGAGGUGCAGAAGCACUGAUCUUGGCUGCAAUGGCUUAUGAUCGUUAUGUGGCCAUUUGCUUUCCUCUUCAUUAUCCCAUCAGAAUCAGCAGAAGAGUGUGUGUGUUGAUGAUAAUGGGAUCUUGGAUAAUGGGCUCUAUCAACUCCUGUGCCCACACUAUAUAUAUCCUCCACAUCCCUUAUUGCCGAUCCAGGGCCAUCAAUCAUUUCUUCUGUGAUGUCCCAGCCAUGUUGACUUUGGCCUGCAUGGACACCUGGAUCCAUGAGUACACAGUGUUUGUGAGCACCAUCCUCUUUCUUUUGUUGCCUUUCAUUGGUAUUGCAUGUUCCUAUGGCCGUGUUCUCCUUGCUGUCUAUCACAUGCGAUCAGAUGAAGGGAAGAAGAAGGCCUACUCCACCUGCAGCACCCACCUCACUGUGGUGACUUUCUACUAUGCACCCUUUGCUUAUACUUAUCUACGCCCAAAAUUUCUUCGUGCUCCAACAGAGGACAAGGCUCUGGCUGUUUUCUAUACUAUUCUGACACCAAUUCUCAAUCCUCUUAUCUAUAGCCUGAGAAACAAGGAAGUGAUGGGGGCCCUGAGAAGAGUAACUCAAAGAAUCUGCUCUGUGAAAAUGUAG